GAAAUGGCAGAAGAAGUUGAAACAUUCGCCUUCCAGGCUGAAAUCGCUCAACUCAUGUCGUUGAUAAUCAAUACGUUCUACAGUAACAAAGAAAUCUUCCUCCGAGAACUGGUGUCAAAUUCUUCGGACGCGCUUGAUAAAAUUCGAUACGAAUCCCUCACUGAUCCGACUAAACUGGAUAGCGGAAAGGAGCUUUACAUCCGCAUUAUUCCGAAUAAGAAUGAUCGCACCUUGACGAUUUAUGACUCUGGUAUCGGCAUGACGAAGGCCGACCUCAUCAACAACCUGGGCACCAUCGCCAAGUCCGGCACCAAGGCCUUCAUGGAGGCCCUCAACGCUGGCGCCGACAUCUCCAUGAUCGGGCAGUUUGGUGUGGGCUUCUACUCCGCAUACCUCAUCGCCGACAGAGUGGCGGUCACUUCCAAGCACAACGACGACGAACAAUACACUUGGGAAUCAGCUGCCGGAGGCUCUUUUACUGUCAAGCUCGAUAAUUCGGAGCCGCUGGGCCGCGGCACUAAGAUCGUGCUCUACCUCAAGGAAGAUCAAACGGAAUACCUUGAAGAACGAAGAAUUAAGGAUGUCAUCAAGAAGCACUCUCAAUUCAUUGGAUAUCCUAUUAAACUUGUCGUUGAAAAGGAGAGAGAAAAGGAAGUUGACGAUGAUGAAGGGGAUGAAAAGGAGGAAGACAAGACAGCCGAGGGUGACAAGCCGAAAGUUGAAGAUGUCGGCGAAGAUGAAGAAGCGGACAAGAAAGAAAAAAAGAAGAAAACAAUCAAGGAGAAGUAUAAUGAGGACGAAGAGUUGAACAAAACGAAACCUCUGUGGACCCGCAACCCUGACGACAUUUCCCAAGUUGAAUACGGAGAAUUUUACCGGUCCCUCACAAAUGACUGGGAGGAUCACCUUGCCUGCAAACAUUUCAGCGUCGAGGGUCAACUGGAGUUCCGUGCUCUGCUGUACAUCCCGAGACGCGCUCCAUUUGAUCUCUUCGAAAAUAAGAAGCAAAAGAACAAAAUCAAACUGUACGUGCGACGCGUGUUCAUCAUGGACAACUGUGAGGAGCUCAUCCCUGACUACUUGAACUUUAUCAACGGCGUAGUUGAUUCCGAAGACUUGCCUUUGAACAUUUCCCGUGAAAUGUUGCAGCAGAAUAAGAUCCUUAAAGUCAUCCGCAAGAAUCUCGUCAAGAAAGUACUGGAGCUUAUCGAUGAGCUUGCCGAAGAAAAAGAUAAUUACAAGAAAUUCUACGACAACUUCUCAAAGAACCUCAAAUUGGGAAUACACGAAGAUUCAACCAAUCGCAAGAAGCUCUCAGAGUUCUUGCGCUACCACACUUCUGCCAGCGGCGAAGAAAUGGUUUCUCUUAAGGAUUACGUGUCCAGAAUGAAGGACAACCAAAAGCACAUCUACUAUGUCACCGGAGAGUCGAGGGAGCAGGUUGCCAGCUCAACAUUCGUAGAGCGAGUUCUGAAUCGAGGCCUUGAGGUCGUUUACAUGGUAGAUCCCAUCGACGAAUAUUGCGUGCAGCAACUCAAGGAGUACGACGGCAAAACGCUCGUGUCUGUAUCCAAAGAGGGUCUUGAGUUACCCGAGGAUGAAGACGAAAAGAAAGCUUUUGAAGAAAAGAAAACUAAAUUUGAAAACCUAUGCAAGCUCAUCAAAGAUAUUCUGGACAAGAAGGUCGAGAAAGUUGUUUUGUCCAAUCGUUUGGUUUCUUCGCCGUGCUGCAUCGUGACGUCUCAGUAUGGCUGGUCAGCGAACAUGGAGAGAAUCAUGAAGGCGCAAGCCCUACGAGACUCGUCAACUAUGGGCUAUAUGGCCGCCAAAAAACAUUUCGAGAUCAACCCAGACCACAACAUCAUUGAAAACCUUAGACAAAAGGCGGAGGCUGACCGCAAUGACAAAUCUGUUAAGGAUCUCGUCAUGCUCCUCUUUGAGACUUCACUUUUAACAUCCGGUUUCACGCUAGAGGAACCUACCAAGCACGCAGGUCGCAUCUAUAGGAUGAUUAAACUUGGCCUCGGUAUCGACGAUGACUCGGCGGACACUGCUGUAGAGAUGCCAUCUCUAGACGAUCUUCCUCCACUCGAAGGAGAGGACGAGGAUGCCUCCAGGAUGGAAGAAGUUGACUAAUUUUUCAAAGCUAAUAUCAGCUUGAAAAUUUUCGUGGGAAUGUUAGAUUUCAGUACAAACUCUAAGGUUAUUUUUCUAUUGAUUCUCUAAUUAAUGAUAUAAAAUUUAGAAAAAAACACCAAUGCAAAAGUUUGAAUUUUUGACUAUACGUAAUUCUAGCGUAACUUUCAAAUUUCGGAUGAUAAAUAAACGAAGAAGAUAAC